AUGCACCAUUGGGGGCUGCCUUUUGGCUUCUGCAAAGGCCGUUUUCUUCCGCCUCCCUGUGACAUUCCCGUUUUUCUUUUUUUCUUUCUCUCUCCUUGUGGCAGGAAAAAUUUAAUAGGUGUUCUUUUUUCUAGUUUGUUUAUUCAUUCUACGUCUGAUUUAAUUGCUUAUAUUGCGAUGGACGCGAGUCAUAUUCAGGAUGAAGAGUUGGGUGCCUCAGAGGUGCUGUGGUCACCCGAUCUGGACGCACGUUGGCGCCUGCUGCGGCGACACAUAACGCCGUUUGAGAAGGACCGCAUGGCGUACCACUCUGCCAAAUAUCAGAAGCCCGUUUUUGUGCAUAUGAACCCUAUAAUCUGGCGUCGUCUCGUCGAAAAACAGGGCGCCUAUCGCGCUGUGGAUCUCAUGCUGAUGUUGGGCUUCGCACCCGCGCCCGAGGGAGCGGCAAACCUGGUGGAGUGGAUUGAACGCGAGGCUGCGGUUGCGGCGCGCGGCACUGCGGGCAUGUCCGUGGCUACAACGGCGUCAUCAUCGUCGUCACCGGUUUCGAACGGUGGCGGGCUUCUUCCUGGGCGGAGGUCACUUGCUCUGCCAACAGUGGUGGGCGACGAGCCGCGCACAAAUGGCGGCGUUCGUUUUUGGGUGCUUAACCACGAGGACUCGCGCCCCUCAUCAUUUGGUUCCCCAGUGAACCAAUACAUCUCACCCCGUUCCACGGCACCUGGCGCCUGCACCAGCAGCCCAGCACAUGGGCCAACAGUCGCGCCAGUCUCAUUGCCCGCUGCUGCAUCUGCCCCUGCGCAAGCUACCGCCGUCGUUGGGCCGCAGACAGAGGCAGAAGCCUCCGCCUCCCGCAUCCGCAACCUUGAGGCGGAGGUGAGGGAACUGACGCGGCAGAUACGUCUUUUGAAGUCGCGUGACUCGGAUCGGGAUGGAAGCGUCCUUUCAGAUGUCACCUCACAGAACGAGACGCCACAACCGCACAUCAUUGUCUCUCCGGAUCGUCCGUUCAUUGCCUCUACGAAUUGUCACGCCCUUGUGUGUCUGCCGGUGAAUUACCUCGAUCCCGACUGUGCACCGUAUGUGGUGUCGCUUGGCGUUUCCACAGGGCGAACACUGCUGGCGUGCAGUAUUGUGGAACACCGCUAUGUCAUCUUUCUUGCCCCGCCGCACCGCCGUGGGUCGAUGGCUGUCGUUCUUCUUUGCACGAGAGACGGGACGCUGCGGCCAUACACGCGGGCAGUGUGGCUGGAGUACAGGGCCGAAGAUCCACCCAAUACCCUCACACACCACGCGGUCAACCAGCUCCUGCAGGAAAUUCCAUUGCCUUCCUCUGCCACAGUCGUUGACCCAAAUCCCAGCGAGGUGGAACAGACGAAGAGUGAAAGUGCCUUUGAAGAUGACAACACGUUCUGUGACACGGACACCGCCGUCAGUACCUCAGAUCAAGGGCUUGAGUCAGAGCCACGCCUGCCACUUACGAAGGAAAUGCUACAACUUAUCCCCAACGGUAUCAUCACGGGACCGCGCGUAUCAAACGCCGCAAAGUCUGGUCAAGCGAAUACGAACGGCACGAAUUUGAGUGUGGUUGGAAGUGAAAGCUCGUUAUGCGGAGGCGACCGUGAGGGAAGGGCACGGGCAGGACGGCUAUGGAAUGACAACGACGAGAUGAAGCCUGGCAGCGCCUCCAUGAGCACUGGACAACCGACAAGUUACCAACGCGGCCCGCAGAGUGGUUUUUCAGACGAGGAGACGACACAACUUGCGUUCAACUGCAUGACAAACCGCACCGAAAUGAGUAGUUCCAGAGCGACGUCUGUUAUUAGUCUUGAGAGCGCGGUACCCAACGGCGGGGGAGGUUUCGCCGGCAUUAUGGCUUCCCGCGGUUGGGUGCGCCGGUAUCUGCAAGGAUCGCCGCGUAGCAGCCAAUGUUUUGGCACCAACGGGAAUGCCGGCUCCCUUUCCGCCACAGCGACGGUAUUAGAUGAGCAGCUGCAAUGCGCUGAAUCACAACCUUCGUGGCCAAGAGGAGGGUCCGUGACAUCUCAGUAG